UUAGUACAAGGCUAGCAUAAAAAAUAAGUGAUAAUAUUAAGACACGCGAAACAUUUUCGACCGACCACAGUAACCCUAAUACAACGAUGGAAGACAAAGAACAAGCACAACUCAAAAAGAAAAAUUUAAAAGUCCAUCCUCGAGCAAAGGCAAAUUGUUUGUCCCAUUUCUUCUUCUGUUGGGAAAUCCCUGUAAUUUUGAAAGGGUGGAAAAAAGAGUUGAACGAGGAUGAUCUUUAUGCACCGCUUCAUGAAUACGAGUCCAAACGCCUUGGUGAUAAACUGGAACAACUUUGGGAAGAAGAUAUGCAUUUUCGUAAAAGUCCGAAUCUGUGGCGUUGUUUAAUAAAACAAUUUGCUGCUGAAUUUAUGUUUUAUGGAAUUCUUUAUGCACCGAUACAAUUGGCAGUGACGCUUCUUCUUCCAUAUUUCUUGCGAAAAUUGCUAGGUUACUAUACACCAAACCAAAAAGAGAUGACACAAGAUCAAGCCUAUAUUUACGCUGGAGGACUAUCUAUAGUGGCCUGUGCAAGGGUCUUACUUUUUCACUUUUUCUAUUUUGGAACAACCGUUAUUGGAAUGAAAGUACGAGUCGCUUGUUCUUCCUUAAUCUACCGUCAUGCACUCAAUAUGAAGAAAAGUGCCAUGGAAAAAAUUACUUUAGGUCAAUUGAUCAACAUACUCUCAAAUGAUGUAAACAGAUUUGAUCAGGCAGCCCCAAAUUUGCAUUUUAUAUGGAUCGCCGUAGUGGAAUUGAUCGUGGGUAUCUACUAUUUAGAUGCAACUCUUGGACAUGCCGCUUUAGGAGGAAUAGCAGUUAUAUGUCUUUGUCUGGCUUUGCAAGUCUUCUCAAUGUUCAAAAUAUCAAAAAGCAGACUUAAAGUAGCCGAAAAAACUGAUUACAGAAUAAGGUUAAUGAACGACAUAAUUUGUGGGAUUGAGGCUAUCAAGAUGUACACUUGGGAAAAGCCGUUCGCCAAAUUAGUGGAAAUCGCCAGAAGGUUAGAACUGGCGGAAAUUAAAACAGGAUCUCACUAUCGACUAUUUAUUAACACUUUCAAAAUUUACAUGGGAAAAUUCUGCGUCUUUUUGUCAGUUCUAGUGGCCGUCUUAACCUACUUUCCUCUAACGUCUCAGUACGCAUUUUCUUUAAUCUGCAUUUACGAAAGUUUCAAAUUUACAGUCAUCGUGUUUUUACCACUGGGGGCAAUCAUGUUUGCGGAAACAGUCAUCUCGGUCCAAAGAAUAGAAGAAUUUUUACUAAUAGAUUACAAAAAACCGAGCAAUUUGGUCAAGUGUAUUACCGCAUCAGAUAAACAGAUGGAUAUUUGCGUUCUAAAGUCUCACCAAGACCACGCUAAGCGAACUCCAGAAGUCUCUCUUAAAAACGUCUAUGUGAAAUGGAACGAAUCUUACACCAAUUAUGUUUUGGAUAACAUAAACUUUAGAGCGUCUCCUGGAGAUCUGAUUGGUAUAAUCGGACGGGCUGGUAGUGGCAAAUCAACGUUGCUUCAAGUGAUACUCAAAGAAAUUGAUAUCAAUAGAGGGAAACUCAAAACUGAAGGAACAGUUUCAUACGCGUCACAAGAAGCAUGGAUUUUUCCGACUAGCGUCAGACAAAACAUCUUGUUUGGACAAGAUAUGGAUUUAGCCAGAUAUUCAAAAAUAAUUCAAGUUUGCGCUUUGGAGCGCGAUUUGACGCUGUUUCCGUACGGGGACCAAACGCUAGUUGGAGACAGAGGGGUCAUGCUGAGCGGGGGACAAAAAGCUCGGAUUAAUCUAGCAAGAGCUGUAUACAGAGAUGCAGAUAUUUAUCUUCUGGAUGAUCCACUAUCAGCGGUCGAUGCUCAUGUAGCCAGACACAUUUACGAUGAAUGUAUUACAGGCUUCUUAAAAGACAAAUGUGUAAUCUUAGUAACCCACCAAACACACUAUCUACAAAAAGCAGAUCAAAUCUAUCAGCUAGAGUCAGGAAAAGUUGUUAGUAAAGGUGACUACAAAGAAGUAAUUGGUUCUGUUAGUAACAACUUUACAGACAGUGUGUCCUCUGAAGCAACCACAGUGACUUUAGUACAACACGGUUUACGUGAAGAAGUUAAAGAACACAGAGGCUCUGGAACCGCUAAUGCGAAAGUUUACAAAGGCUAUUGCUUGGCAGCAGGCCACUGGACCUUUUGUUUCGUAGUUGCUCUAUUUUUCGUCUUCGGACAAAUAUGUACAAGUCUUUUAGACUGCUUUCUGACUUUUUGGACGAACGUUGAACAAAAAUCAGUCACCAACCUUUCCAGUUUCUUCACUACCGAAAACUGUCUGUACAUUUACAUUGGUUUAAUGAUUUUGACUGUGUUUUCAAACCACUUGGCUACUUAUACAUUUACCGCAUUUUGUAUCAAAGCUUCGCAACAGUUACAUACCAAAAUGCUAUCCAAGAUAGUGUAUGGACCCAUGACGUUCUUCAACCACCAUCCUUCUGGUCGACUUCUGAAUCGAUUUUCCAAAGAUUUGGGCUCCAUCGACGAACUUCUUCCAUUACAUUUAAUGAACGGAAUAACGGUUGUUUUAACAGGACUAGCUAUAUUGAUUAUUAUCAUCGUCUUAAACUAUUGGAUGAUAUUCCCAUCACUGAUCCUACUUGGAUUGACUAUCACUUUUAUCAUUAUAUUCCAGCCGACGAAUCGAAAUAUCAAAAGGACAGAAGGAAUCACCCGAAGUUCAGUGUUGACUCACAUGUCAACUUCGCUUCAAGGUCUUGUGACCAUCAGAGCCCACAAUACUCAAGGCAAACUGAUUGAAGAGUUUGAUAAUUAUCAAAAUAUUCACAGUUCGGCUUAUUAUUUAUUUACUGCAACUUUUGCAUCUUUCGGCUUCUGGGCUGACUUUAUGGCUGUGGUGUAUACUGUCCUGGCCGUUUUUAGCUUCUUCUUAGUGAAAUCAGAAACACACGCUGGUAACGUCGGACUAGCUAUAACACAGUCUAUUAAUUUAUUGGGGAUGGUUCAAUACGGAGUAAAGACAUUUGGAGAACUCGACAGCCAAAUGACUUCAGUCGAACGGAUAGUAGAAUACGCAGAACUUGAUCCAGAACCAGACAAUGGUACCACCACUCCUCCAGAUACAUGGCCAACGUCGGGCAAAUUAACGUUUCGAACGGUUUCCCUUCAAUACUCGCCCGAUGAUCCACCUGUACUCAAACAAGUAACUUUUGAAAGCCAAGCAGGAGAAAAAAUUGGCAUCAUUGGUAGAACUGGUGCUGGAAAGUCUUCACUUAUUUCAGUACUAUUUCGUCUCUUUGACUUCGACGGAUCGAUUAUCAUUGAUAACGUAGAAACUAAAUCCAUACCCCUACAGAACACACGAUCUAAAAUUUCCAUCAUUCCUCAAGAACCAAUCUUAUUUUUGGGAAGUUUGCGCAAAAAUAUUGACCCUUUUGACGAGUAUAGCGACAGUCAAAUCUGGAGCGCCCUAGAAGAAUUAGAACUGAAACAAAUGAUUAAUAACCUUCCUUCGGGUCUUGAGAGUCUAGUGACUGAAAGAGGUUCCAACUUUAGUGUCGGUGAGAGGCAGUUAUUAUGUCUAGUACGAGCUAUGCUCAGAAAUAACAAAAUCAUUGUACUGGAUGAAGCUACAGCUAAUGUUGAUUUGAAAACAGACGAACUGAUACAAAGUAUAAUCAGAAGAAAGUUUAGAGAUUGCACUGUAUUAACCAUAGCACAUCGUUUGAACACCAUUAUCGAUUCUGAUAAAAUAUUAGCUAUGGAUGGCGGGAAAGUCGUUGAAUUUGAUCAUCCUUAUAAGCUCCUGCAAAAUCAGAACGGAUUCUUUUAUGGGUUUGUUGUCAAGAAUGGUGACAAAAUGUUGAAAGAUUUUAUCAAAAUUGCCAAAAAUUCGGCAACUAAGAAAGGUCUUAUCCAGAAACAUAGGGACUCUAUUGAACAGUGAUAUUUCACGAACAACUUGUAAUCAAAAAAAUGUAUAGUCCCUGGAGAUGUGUUAAAGCAAAAUUUUAGGGCGGUGCUUGGCAUUCCACUAUUAUUUAUUAUUCUUGAUUAUAUUUUUUUUAUAAA